AAUCUACGUCACUGACUGCGCCACCAUGUUGGAUCAGGAAGUAGACAGAGUCAGAGCAGGAAUCCCAAGCAGGACUUAACCGUAACCGACGUCUUGGUUCGAUCGCUUCGCCGAUACAACCAAACUCAUUUCGACGCUCUGGUUGCAGACUGUCUGGCCUCCCUGCUGGUCCAGGAAGCCGCUUGUGUCUCGAACCGACCGUUUUGCAGCACCAGCCAUGACUACACUAACCAAGAGGACUUCGGGCCUCGUUCAGCGGCGGACUGAGGCCAUUCGCAACGCCGACAGAGAGAAGGAGUCCGGCGAUGAGGAGGAGGAGGCUCGCCGCGGCGAGGAGGAGGACGAAGACUCGAGAGACUCGAAGGACACCAGGCUGACACUGAUGGAGGAAGUGUUGCUGCUGGGCCUCAAGGACCGAGAGGGCUACACGUCUUUCUGGAACGACUGUAUUUCUUCCGGGCUUCGUGGGUGUAUGCUGGUGGAGCUGGCUCUCAGGGGGAGGUUACAACUGGAGGCCGGCGGCCUGAGAAGGAGAGGCUUACUUUCAAGGAAGGUGAUCUGCAAAUCAGACGCUCCGACAGGAGAUGUGCUGCUGGACGAGGCCUUGAAACACAUCAAAGAAACCCAGCCUCCAGAGACGGUGCAGAACUGGAUAGAGUUGCUGAGCGGAGAGACCUGGAAUCCCCUAAAGUUACACUACCAGCUAAGGAAUGUCCGAGAGCGCCUGGCGAAAAACCUGGUGGAGAAAGGCGUCCUCACGACAGAGAAACAGAACUUCCUGCUCUUCGAUAUGACCACGCAUCCCCUCACCAACAGCACCAUUAAACAGCGCCUUGUCAAAAAAGUCCAGGACUCUGUAUUGGACAAGUGGGUCAACGAUCCCCAACGUAUGGACAAGCGGGUCCUGGCUCUAAUCCUUCUGGCCCACUCUUCUGAUGUUUUGGAGAAUGCCUUCGCCCCACUACAGGACGACCAGUACGACCUGGCCAUGAAGAGAGUCCACAGUCUGCUGGAGCUGGAGCCUGAGAAAGAAUGCUCGAAGCCCAACGCCAACGAACUCAUGUGGGCCGUGGUGGCUGCGUUUACUAAAUGAAAAAUGUCCGGGAAACAAGGUGGCCUGGAAGAUCUGGAUCUGGUCUGUUAUUUAAUUGGUUGAAGGACUUUGCUUAAUAAGACAGACUUCACUUUAAUGAGACAAUCUUCUGUGGUCGGGGAGCCUGUCGUGCUGUGCAUCUGUUUCAGAUGAUACUUUGGGGGGAGGGAGGGAAGGGGUACUCCAUAUUAACCUAGUGCAAUCUGAUUGGUGGUGGGUCUCACCGAGCAACAUUUGUUGAAUGGAGAAAAAGGUGAGGUAAGUCAUCUGCUGCUAUGACGGUGGAAGUAGUUUCUGAGCCCUGAUCCUCACAAAGGUUCGGUCUUCUGCUAACGCUGGAUGACAUCACAGAGCAGAGCAGGUGACCAUAUGAGACAUGGUAAAAAAUGAAGACAAAGAUUGACUGAGGCCAGCCUUCCCCUUCUACGCUGAAGAAAAAAAAUCAAACACGUCUCUAACGUCUGUCCAAGGAGUCCAAUCCUAGGCUCUGGUCUAAUACUUGUCCCCAAGGCUUAUGCAAGGAAUCUUUUGGCAGUCUUUGCACUCUCGUGCAGACCUUCGGCUUUCUUCUACUAGUUCCUACUUUGGUUGGAGGUGUCAUGACUACGGUUGUUGAUAGAACGUCAAUGUUGGGCUCGUCUAACCCCUCGCAUCCCAGCAUUCUCCUUUGUCAACACCAACACUAAGAGCGAGCUGGUGUUUUGACUCUUUGUCAAAAUGAAGAAUUAAACCCAGAGUCUACAAAAGUCAUUAGUUUGUUUCUUUCUCCCUAUUUUAUGGGUCCAUACGGUGAGACUAGUCUUCCAUGUUUAUUUAUGAUGCUAACUUGGCCAUUAAUCAUCUAUUUUGCACAGACAGUAGAUCCGUCGGUUUGGAUUAUAUUUAUAGGUAUUUUUCCUCAAGCGGAGUAGCUUACUUGUAAAGAUGGGAUCGUAAAUUAUAAAUGUUUAUUGCCAAUGAUAAAGAGAAAAAAGUUGAUUUUUUUUUUUUUAAUCAUUCCCUCUGGACAAGGACAUCUUUUUUUUAAGUUUGAAUUUAAAAAGAUGAGUUGGAUCUCUCUGAUCUCACCAAUGACAUGAAUAUUAGCAGGGAUUGAAAUUCAGGUUAGAAAACAUUAAUGGGUCACUUCACCUUUAUUCUAUAUCAAACAUAAAUAUAUUUUUCUUAGCUAAAGCAAAUGGUAUUACGCCUUACAUGUGGUUUGUAUUUAGGGAGACAGGUGUCGGACAUAUUGCCCUUCACGUAAACGUAUUUCUUUUAGCGCUACAUUGGGCUUUACGACAUAACCUACGAGACUGAAGGCCUUUCUGUUGUGGGUUUUGCUUGUUCUCCUCAUGAGCAAAUGGGUUCUCUUUGGGUACUAUGGUUUCCUCAAACUGUCCAAAAACAUGCCAGUUAGUCUUCACAGUCAUUCGAGGCGUUUCAUCGGCCAUAGCUGUGUCCGUGAAUAUUUGUGUCUACACGUCACCACUGUGCUGGCUAUGGAUUCUCCUCAGCAGUUCAAAGUCAAAAAUGUGUCAUGCAGCAGUAAAAUGUUUUUUGUUUAUAAGAGAAUCAACACUGUUCAUGAGAGGUUCACAUCUACAGACGACAGCAGCAGCAGUAAAGUGAAGAAACCUCCUUGGAUUCUGCUUCUGAACAUCCGUCAGUCGGAUCUUGUCAUCCAGCCCUGACUAAACCGUGCUCAGUGCUAAACCACACACAGUCUGAAGAAACUGUCAUUUCUGUAUGCUUCGAUAUACACUCAUGAUGCAAAACCAUGAUUGUGUCUUUUCUGUAUGAACACGGCGUCACCUAUUGAGCCACGUGGGACUGCAGGUGACGGUGUGUUUGGUUCCAUUUACAGCCAAGAGACUGUGCAUGCUAUAGGUGGAGGGCCGGGGUUACUGGAUGUAGCUACAGGGGAAAAAAAGGCUUGUAUGUACUUAUUAGUCAUUUUAUGUGUACGAUCUAAUGGAAAUCAAUGAAAGGGAUCUUCUCUUCUGUCCUCUCUAGUUCUGUAUGCUUUUGUAUUACCACACAAAAUAAAGUAAGGAUCCUUUAAGUGCCUGAAUUUA